CUUCCGUUACCGGCGAAAGUCAACACAUGCAACGUGGUUGGCCAAUCCUGUGGCGCGUUGGGCGUAUAGGUUGUCCGAAGUCGCCUUUUCUGAAAUCCCUGAGGUCCAGACAACGUCUUCUCUGCACGCAGAUAAUUAGAAUGUCUUCUUUUACAACAGUAGAAUGUGGGGCCCCGAACUCCCUUGAGUACAGGAUGUUCUUCAAGGGCCCCCAGGGUUUGAUCUCCCCAUUCCAUGAUAUUCCGCUGUACGGUAAUGCAGAGAAGACAGUGUUUAACAUGGUGGUGGAGGUUCCAAGAUGGACGAAUGCCAAGAUGGAGAUUGCCACAAAGGAGAAGUUGAAUCCAAUUAAGCAAGAUGUGAAGAAAGGCAAGCUUCGUUAUGUGAAGAACUGUUUUCCACAUCAUGGUUAUAUAUGGAAUUAUGGCGCCUUGCCACAGACCUGGGAGCAUCCUGCUCAUGUGGAUGAGAACACAAAGUGCAAAGGUGACAAUGAUCCCAUAGAUGUGUGUGAAAUUGGAUACAAGGUCCACAAAAGAGGGGCAGUGGUGCAAGUGAAGGUCUUAGGCACAUUUGCUCUGAUUGAUGAAGGAGAGACUGAUUGGAAGUUGAUGGCAAUUGAUGUGAAUGACCCACUUGCCGACAAGUUGAAUGAUAUAAAUGAUGUUGAAACUCACUUGCCAGGACUACUUAAGGCUACCACUGAAUGGUUUAGAAUUUACAAAAUCCCUGAUGGAAAACCAGAGAACCAGUUUGCAUUCAAUGGAGCAGCCAAGAACAAAGAGUUUGCCUUAAAGGUUAUAGAAGACACAAAUAAACAUUGGAAGGAAAUGGUAGCCAAACAGACAGAUUCAGGGGAACUGACUUGUGAAAAUACAACUGUUGCUGGAAGUCCGUUUCUUAUGACACAAGAUGUUGCAAACAAAGUACUGGAGGCAUGCCCUCCUCAGCAGCCAGCUCAGCCUAUUUCUCCUGAAGUCGACAAGUGGCACUUUGUGAAAUUGUGAAGGUGUUCAGAGACGGCCAAAUUGUAGCCUUUUGUGAAAGUAGAUUGAAAUGAUUUUGAAUAGGCAGCAUCUGGAUAUUUUAAUGAAAAAGUCAAUUUUGUGUACAACUACUGCUGACAACAUUCAGUGGCUGAAAAAAAAAUUUGGUGAUUUUGAAGUAUUAACCUUUUUUUAGUUUUGAGUCUGUUCUCUUUUGCUCUCUGUUUGGAUUUUCCUUGUGCACAAAAUCACUUUCAGUACAUCUCUUUAACUUACAUAAUAGGAAGUCUUAAGUUUAAGUAUCACUGGGGUGAAGUAAAGAUUAUCUGACAAUUUAGGACCUCUGUCACUGACUUGUGAAAACUGAUGUCUUUUCUAUACCAGGCUGUUCUAUUGAGUGCUGUAACAAUUUGGUCGUCUGUCAUGAAAAGCUGUUGUAUACACGACAACAGGAAACUAUGAUUGGAUUUUGUGAUCUCCAAAUGCCAAGCAUGGAUUUGGUAUUUGGACAAAAACUUUAUUUUUGCCUACAUAUUUCUGUAUUCAUGUGACAGACAUAAUUAUAAAUUAAUCAGGUCAUUCUAUUAUUAAAAUCAACUUUAAAUUGUGUCUCGUUUGAAAUUAAGGAUAAUCCAGUGUAGAUGUUUAGCAUAAUUAACAAUUUUGAGGUAAAGUUAUGUUGGUAAGAGUAUCUAUACUCUGAAAUACGGGGGUGUAUCUUAUACCAAAUGAUGAAAUAGAAUGUGCUUGAAAAUUGGGGCUCUUAGAUUGCUGUUGUGAAUAAACUCGUUACUUAAAAGCA